AUGUGGUUCCUGCUUGUUCUGCUUCCAUUCCAAGUUGGACUGAGUGGCGCGGUGGAUAGUGAUUGGGUCCAUUUGCCCAGUAAAUGUGAAGUUUGCAAGUAUGUUGCUUUAGAACUGAAAUCCUCUUUUGAAGAGACCUCUCGGACACAUGAAGUAAUUGAUACUCGAUAUGGAUUUCUAGAUGACAGAAAUAAGAAAAAGAUCAAAUACACAAACUCAGAUAUCCGUCUGAUCGAUGUCACAGAAGGCCUCUGUCAAAGACUGUUGGAGUACAACCUUCACAAAGAGCGAACUGGCAGCAAUCGCUUUGCUAAGGGGAUGUCUGAAACCUUCCAAACUUUGCAUCACCUUGUCCAUAAAGGAGUGAAAGUUGUGAUGGAUAUUCCAUAUGAACUCUGGAAUGAAACUUCCGCUGAAGUUGCUGAUAUGAAGAAACAGUGUGAUGUCAUGAUGGAGGAGUAUGAAGAUGUCAUCGAAGACUGGUAUCGAAACCACCAGAAGGAUGAUCUUACGGAGUUUCUGUGUGCAAAACAUGUCUUAAAGGGACAAGACAAAAGUUGUCUGGAUGAAAAAAUGGAGUGGUAAGAAGGGAGAUUCUGCUCCUUCCACUGGUAAAAAGAAACCAUCAAAUAAGGGGAGCAAAAAGAAAACCAAGAAAGCCAAAGAAAACUCAAAGAAUAAGAAGAACCCUGAAAGGUCAUCUGCAGAAAACAUAGAGGUACCUGAAACUCAGACUUCUGAAAGCAGGCCUAAUGAUGAACUUUGA